ACCCUAUAAAUUUUUAAUCUCUCGGCACCCAAUCUCACGUUUACCUUUUAUCCACAAACCAAUAAAAGUCCCAUCCCAACAACAUCUUCACCUGCCCUUUUCUUCUUUCAGGUCCAAUUAGCCUUUCGGGUCUGUUCUAAGCCCAAAUCCUCUCUCUCUCGUCCUCGUCUCUCGUCUCUCUUUCCUCUUCCUUCCUGCAAAACCUUAGAUCUCUCGGCCUUCAACGUCGCUUUCUGGGCUUCAAAUCCGAUCCCAGAUUGCUUCUAUUUGGGUUCUUGACCGCUGCAGGGUUUACUUCCAUGACAGAAAUGACAGAAAUUACAGAUAUGGAAACAAUCCCUGGGGAGAGUAACAAUCAGCUGGCACUGACCACUCCCGAAGCGCAGCCUAUCAAGCGCCGAAAAAAGAAGUCCAUGGUUUGGGAGUACUUUACCAUUGAAAAUGUGAGUGCCGGAUGUAGAAGAGCAUAUUGUAAGCGCUGCAAGCAAAGUUUUGCUUAUAGCACUGGUUCUAAGGUAGCAGGUACCAGUCAUCUGAAGCGUCACAUUGCCAAAGGAACCUGUCGAGCACUCUUACGAGGCCAAGGCCAAGAUAACAAUCAAUUCAUCACCCCAUAUAACCCAAAGAUGGGUGGAAGUGAACCUCCUAAGCGACGCUACAGAUCUCCUAGCUCACCUUUUAUCCCAUUUGAUCAGGACCGGUGCCGCCAUGAAAUUGCCAGAAUGAUUAUCAUGCAUGAGUACCCUCUUCACAUAGUUGAACAUCCUGGGUUCAUAGCUUUUGUUCAAAACCUUCAGCCUCAGUUUGAUAAAAUGAGUUUCAACACCGUUCAAGGGGAUUGUGUUGCAACUUACCUGAGGGAAAAGCAAAGCCUAAUGAACUUUAUUGAGGGUAUUCCUGGACGCUUCUGUCUUACACUGGACAUGUGGAGUUCAAAUCAAACCCUCGGUUAUGUGUUUAUAACUGGACACUUCGUUGAUAGUGACUGGAAGUUGCACAGACGGGUUUUCAAUGUUGUAAUGGAACCAUAUCCGGAUUCCCGUUCUGCUCUAAGUCAUGCCAUCGCUGCCUGCCUUUCAGACUGGAGUUUGGAAGGCAAGUUAUUUUCCCUCACCUUCAAUCAUCCGCUAAGUGAAGCUGGGCUGGAAAAUCUUAGACCUUUACUGUGCGUUAAAAAUCCCCUUAUUCUUAAUGGUCAGCUGUUAAUUAGAAAUUGUAUAGCUCGUACUAUGAGCAGCAUGGCAAAGGAUGUGCUUGGAGCAGGGCAAGAGAUCAUCAAGAAAAUCCGUGAUAGUGUAAAGUAUGUGAAGAUGUCAGAAUCCCAUGAUGACAAGUUCAUUCAAGUUAAAAACCAGCUUCAAGUGCCCAGUGAAAAGAGCCUGUUUCUUGACAAUCAAACUCAGUGGAACACAACAUACGAAAUGCUUGCAGCUGCUUCUGAAUUAAAGGAAGUGUUUGAUUGCUUGGAUACUUACGAUCCAGAUUAUAAGCUAGCCCCAUCAAUGGAAGACUGGAAGUUGGCUGAGACUUUAUGCAGUUUCUUGAAACCUCUCUUCGAUGCAGCCAGCAUCCUUACAACUACAACUCUCCCUACCGUAAUUACAUUCUUUUAUGAAGUGUGGAAAAUACAUGUGGACUUGGGUCGUUCCGUCACUAGUGAGGAUCCUUUCAUCAGCAACCUUGCAAAAUCAAUGCAAGAAAAGAUUGACAAGUACUGGAAGGACUGUAGCCUGGUUUUGGCAAUGGCAGUGGUCAUGGAUCCUCGUUUCAAAAUGAAACUUGUCGAGUUCAGUUUCACAAAAAUAUAUGGCGAAGAUGCUCCCACAUACAUCAAAACUGUUGACGAUGGAAUUCAUGAGCUCUUUCUUGAAUACGUGGCACUCCCAUUGCCUUUGACGCCAACUUAUGUGGAAGAAGUGAAUGGUGCAAACAAUGGAAAGACCAACGAAUCUCAUCAAGGUAAUCUUCUUUCGGACCAUGGGCUUGCAGAUUUUGAUGUCUACAUUAUGGAGACUAAUAGCCAGCAGAUGAAGUCUGAGCUGGAUCAGUACUUGGAAGAGUCCCUGUUACCUCGUGUCCAAGAGUUUGAUGUGUUGGGUUGGUGGAAGCUGAACAAGAUGAAGUAUCCAACUCUUUCCAAGAUGGCUCGCGACAUUUUGUCGAUUCCGGUGUCUGCUGCUGCCACCGAAUCAAUCUUUGAUAUCACAGACAAGCAACUAGAUGAAUAUCGUAGCUCUUUGCGACCGGAGACAGUGGAAGCUCUAAUCUGUGCCAAGGAUUGGCUACAUUAUGGAUCUUCUGAUGUUUCGAAUGCGCUUGUUAAAAUGGAAUUUUAGAUGUAGAUGAUAUUCCAGAGUAUCUUGUUUAUGGACAUGUUUCACUGUAGGCCUCUAUUUGUACAACUAGAAAGAUUUGUAUGGAUGCUUCGAGUAUUUUUUCUUA